CUCCUCCCCAGCUUCCUGAGGAUCCUCCUCAGCCUCCCUCCCACGGCCUUCCUCUUCUACUUCACCCACAGGAAGCCCACACAACGCUCCAUCUCACAGAUGCUGCCUCUGCUGCUGCUGCCCCUGCUGUGGGCAGGGUCCCUGGCUCAGCGUUCAAGAUACUGGCUGAAAGUGCCGGCGUCCCUGACGGUGCAGGAGGGCCUGUGUGUGCAUGUGCCCUGCAGCUUCUCCUACCCCAAACGCGAAUACACUGACGGUGACCCAACUUAUGGCUACUGGUUCCAGGAAGGGAGUGAUUACAGCCAGCAUGUUCUAGUGGCCACAAACAACCCAGAUCGAGAAGUGCAGGAGGAGACCCAGGGCCGAUUCCACCUCCUCGGGGGCCCCCGGGACUACAACUGCUCCCUGGGCAUCAGAGAUGCACAGAGAAGGGACUCGGGGACAUACUUCUUCAGGGUGGAGAGAGGGCCUUAUGUGAAAUAUAGUUACCUACAGAACCAGCUCUCCGUGCGUGUGACGGCCCUGACCCACACACCUGACAUCCUCAAGCCAGGGACCCUGGAGUCUGGCCGCCCCGGGAACCUGACCUGCUCUGUGCCCUGGGCCUGUGAGUGGGGCACGCCCCCCAUCUUCUCCUGGACGUCAGUGGCCCUCACCUCCCUGGGCCCCAGGACCCACCUCUCCUCGGUGCUCACCCUCACCCCACGGCCCCAGGACCAUGGCACCAACCUCACCUGUCAGGUGUACUUCCCUGCAGCUGGUGUGAUGGUGGAAAGGACCAUCCAACUCAAUGUCACCUGUGCCACACAGAACCCAACAACUGGUGUCUGCCUAAGACACACCACAGGAAAAUCAGGGCCUGUGGCAGAAUUGGUUUCGGUGGCCAUUGGGGAAGCUGCUGUCAAGAUCCUGUUCCUCUUCCUCUGCCUCAUCAUCCUCAUAGGGAGGUUCCUCAGGAAGGAGACAGCCAGGCCUGCAGGGGACCUGGCGGAGGCAAACAUGGCCCCCUAGUUAAUCCCUCAGGUGAGUGAUGUGGGCAGCUCACCACCCAAGAAUCCCACCAACACCGCCCCCAGGAUGGCCCCAGGAUUGCUCCACUCAGCACGGCCAAUGUUGAGCUACCUCAUUCCUCCCGAACCUACCUCCCUGCUGAAUUUCUCUCACGUGGUUGACAUGGCUCCCAUCUCUAGACCAGAACUGCGGUGUAGUCUCCACUGUGACCUCCCUCCCUUCUGCUUGAUCCAGUACCUCACUCUGUCUUGUCCUUCCUUCCUCCUAAGCUCAUCCUGAUGCCAGUCUCCUCCCCCUCCUGACCCUGCUUGUUCCUGUGGCCUCCUGUCUUCCCUGGGCCUCUAACCCACCAGCCUCCUGCCUCCCCUUCUCUCCUCAACUCACUGAGUCUUGGGAGAGCAAUAUCAUCCACUUCUCCACAGCAUGAACAGCUAUGAUUCCUCUUCAGAGUCAAGACUGAGGUACAAAAAGGCUGGAUUUGAAGGCCUGGCAUGGUCCAUUCCCCGCUAGACCCUCCAUGAGAUCUUUACCUCUCCCUGCAUCUUGCAACAUCUCCACACCCAACUGGGUUAGGGUUUUCCUGAUCUGAGACUUUGCAUGUGCCUUUCCCUCUCCUGAAGUGCCCUUUCCUCCCCAAUCCUGCAUCUCCAAGUCCUAAUCAUCUUCAGGCUCAGUCUUAAAAGCCACCCAGCUCUUUGUGUGUGUGUGUGUGUGUGUGUGUGUGUGUGUGUGUGUGUGUGUGUGUGAGAGAGAGGGAGAGAGAGAGAGAGAGAGAGAGAGACAUGAUUUUGAGUCAACUUGUACUCAGUUAUUAACAGACUCUUUCAACAAGUACUAUUGAACACCUACUAUAUGCCACCUAGUUUUGUUUUGGGGUGCAUCAGUGAACACAGAAAAAUCUCUGUCAUCAAGAACCUGUCAUUCU